CUCACUCUCUACCCUUCAUGAAGAUUACAUGAUUAUUCAUUAUCCAUAAUAUCGAAUAAAGACAAUAUGUAUAAUUUUCACUUGUUUUCUUGCUACAAAUCUAAUACAAGACUGACUAUUCUUUUAUCAGUGCUAUAUUUAUUUGAAUAAUGAUGGUGUUGAUUCAUGGUUAAGUCAAAACACAAAUAAUGAUUCAUUUAGAACUACAGUUAAUGAUGUUUGAGCAAAUUAAGUAGAUUGACACAAACAGAAAGCACAAGAACAAAGACAAAAAUGAAAGUACAAAAGGUAGAAAAGUUAAAAUAAGAAAAAUACUAACAAACAUGAAAAGAAAAAGGAAAUAACUGGAAAAUAACAAAUGGAAAUAGAAAGAAUUGAGUGUGAAGACAUUAACUGGAGAGUUUCAGUGACAUUAGGAAGUGACAAAAUGGCAAACAUUGAAGAGACGAAAUUACAGCUACAUAUUCAAGGGAAAAAGGAGAAACAGGGAAAAGUUAUAGAGUUUACAAUAGAAGAAGCAGAAGAAUUUUUGGAAGAACUAGUUUCAAUAGCAAAAGAAAUUGAGAAAUGAUUAUAAUUUUUGUCA